GUUUUAUAUGGUGCGAAAUGCUGCAUCGCUGCUCCUGAAAGGUUGUUAAAUUCCACGAUAGAUACAUCGCUAAUCCCCAAAACAACAAGAUUAAAUUCAGUUUUUAUUGUUUAACACAAUGGAAGUACUCGAGACAAUUGUAAUACAAAGUUCUGAGGUGGAAGGAAAGGAAACAGUCGUGUCCACCGUGGACACGGAUAAAACUAAAGCAGAAUUUAUAUGGACACUGCAGGCAACUUGGCACCUUGUCAACACCAGACUUGAAAUGGAUGCUGCUUUUGACCAGCCAGUCUGCAAGAAAAAGAAACUUUGGGAGAUGGUAGCAGAGAAAGUGAACGCAAAACUGAGAGAGUCAGAUAUCACUGACGUAGCUGUUAAGGCGUAUGAGUGUGAUCUAAAAUGGAGAAAUGUACUGGCAACAUACAGGAGGAAUGCAGAGAGGGCUAAGAGACUCGGGGCAGCUAGUGUCCACUGGGAGUUCUUCAAAGCCAUGCAUGAAGUCCUGGACAAGAGCAGGGAGGACAUCGAAGCCCAGCGAAGGGCAAAGCUCAGUGGCACCAGAGUAGCCAAAGCCAUGGCCAGCAAACGGUUCACCCCUAUUCUCCCUACACCUCCUGCCACAGCUGCUCCCUGCACUCCCCGCCCCCCUCAGGAUGUCCUACAGCUUUACAUGGAGCUGCAAGAGAGGAAGAUGAACAUGUGGGUGCAGCAGAAAGCCCUGGAGGAGAGGAAGAUUGAGGCUAUUAACAAUUUGGCCAAGGCUAUCUCCAGUUUGGCUCAGAGGAACGGCUGCACAGACAGUUCAAAAGAUGGACAAUAGACUAGAAGAGUAUCUGAGCUUACUGCGUGUCAUUUUCUCUAACCAAAGACUUUUCUCAAGAUUAAUUUUGGGCAUUGUGCCUUCAUUUAGACAGGGCAGUAGAUAAAUUAGGAAAUUAGGAGAGAGAGCUUGUGAUGGCAUGCUGGAAAGGAGCCACAGGUGAGGGUUAAACCCAGCCCACCCACUUGGAACUAUAGCCUCUGUACAUGAAGCUUGACUUCACCACGAAGCCAUCAUGCUCUCCAAAGACUAUUUUUAUAAAGCAACACAAGCAAAUAGUUGGAGCACAUUGAACAAAUUCACUGUUUGCUGAA